GGCAGUGAGCGCCCAGAGUGGGACCCAGCAGUGUGCAGAAACGGAACUGGGAGCCCCCUGCACCCGCUCCUGCCCUGAAGGUGCCAACGCCUCAGCCUUGAUCCUCCUCCCUUCUCGCCUCCUGCAGGAGCUGCUGGGAGCUGAGACCAAGGGCUCCAGGAUGCGGACUCCGGGCGCGGGCGCGGCCUCCGUGGCCUCGCUGAUGCUGCUGUGGCUGCUGGGGCUGCCGUGGACCUGGAGCGCCGCGGCGGCGGUCGGCGUGUACGUGGGAGGCGGCGGCUGGCGUUUUCUGCGCAUCGUCUGCAAGACGGCCAGGCGGGACCUCUUCGGCCUCUCCGUCCUACUCCGGGUGCGGCUGGAGCUGCGGCGCCACCAGCGCGCCGGCCACACCAUCCCGGGCAUCUUCCAGGCCGUGGCGCGGCGGCAGCCCGAGCGCCUGGCGCUGGUGGACGCGGGCAGCGGGGCGCGCUGGACCUUCGCGCGCCUGGACGCCUACGCCAACGCCGUGGCCAACCUGUUCCGCCAGCGGGGCUUCGGGCCGGGCGACGUGGUGGCCGUGUUCGUGGAGGGCCGGCCGGAGUUCGUGGGGCUCUGGCUGGGCCUGGCCAAGGCGGGCGUGGAGGCGGCGCUGCUCAAUGUGAACCUACGCCGGGAGCCGCUGGCCUUCUGCCUGGGCACUUCGGGCGCCAAGGCCCUGGUCUUCGGCGCGGAGCUGGCGGAGGCGGUGGCCGAGGUCAGCGCGCAGCUGGGGAAGAGCCUGGCCAAGUUCUGCACGGGAGAGCCGGGGCCUGAGGGCGGCCUGCCGGAUGCCCAGCUCUUAGACCCUCUGCUGCUCAGCGCGUCCACCGAGGCCCCCGCGCAGCCUGUGGGCAAGGGCAUGGACGAUCGGCUGUUCUACAUCUACACCUCGGGGACGACGGGGCUGCCCAAGGCCGCCAUCAUCGUGCACAGCAGGUACUACCGCAUCGCCGCCUUCGGCCACCACGCCUACAGCAUGCGCCAGGCCGACGUGCUGUAUGACUGCCUGCCCCUGUACCAUUCGGCAGGGAACAUCAUGGGCGUGGGCCAGUGUCUCCUCUAUGGCCAGACCGUGGUCCUCCGCAAGAAGUUCUCGGCCAGCCGCUUCUGGGACGACUGCGUCCAGUUCAACUGCACGGUGGUCCAGUACAUUGGGGAGAUCUGCCGCUACCUGCUGAGGCAGCCAGUUCGCGAAGCCGAGGGCCAGCACCGAGUGCGCCUGGCCGUGGGCAACGGGCUGCGGCCGGCCAUCUGGGAGGAGUUCAGCGAGCGCUUCGGGGUGCGCCAGAUCGGCGAGUUUUACGGCGCCACCGAGUGCAACUGCAGCAUCGCCAAUAUGGACGGCAAGGUGGGUGCCUGUGGCUUCAACAGCCGCAUCCUGCCGCACGUGUACCCCAUCCGGCUGGUGAAGGUGAACGAGGACACCAUGGAGCUGCAGCGGGACGCGCAGGGCCUCUGCAUCCCCUGCCAGACGGGGGAGCCCGGCCUCCUGGUGGGCCAGAUCAACCAGCAGGACCCGCUGCGGCGCUUUGACGGCUACAUGAGCGAGAGCGCCACCAGCAAGAAGGUGGCACACAGCGUGUUCCGCAAAGGGGACAGCGCUUACCUGUCAGGUGAUGUGCUAGUGAUGGACGAGCUGGGCUACAUGUACUUCCGCGACCGUGGCGGGGACACGUUCCGCUGGCGCGGGGAGAACGUGUCCACCAGCGAGGUGGAGGCCGUGCUCAGCCGCCUGCUGGGCCAGACCGACGUGGCAGUGUACGGCGUGGCCGUGCCAGGAGUGGAGGGCAAAGCUGGCAUGGCGGCCAUCGCAGACCCCCUGGGCCAGCUGCACCCCAACGAGCUCUACCAGGAGAUGCAGAAGGUCCUGGCGCCUUACGCCCGCCCCAUCUUCCUGCGCCUCCUGCCCCAGGUGGACACAACAGGCACCUUCAAGAUCCAGAAGACGCGGCUGCAGCACGAGGGCUUCGACCCCCGUCAGACCUCGGACCGGCUCUUCUUCCUGGACCUGAAACAGGGCUACUACCUGCCGCUGGACCAGGCGGUCUACACGCGCAUCUGCACAGGCGCCUUUGCUCUGUGACGCCUCUGCAGGGCCCUGUCCCCAGGCCCCUGCACCCAGGUCGUCCCCUAUCCUGCUCUGGGGGCAGCCCCACCUGCGACUGGGGGCGAGUUCUCCUUUGCACCCCUUUGUGCUGCCAUCUCCCCACGCCUCUCUGGUCUCUCGGCCAGCGACUGGCAGUUCCAGGUUGCAGGGACUGUGCGAGGUUCACAGAGGGGCUGCUCCUAUCCCAGCUGUGCCUUAAGCAUCCCUUCCCUGGGCUCUGGGUUCCCGGGCAUCGGGGCCUCUCUGGAUCUCCACUGCAGAGCCAGGAGCUAGAGGGGGACCAGCCCCCAUGGGUGGCAGAGGACAGAGAUGUCCAGACUGGGUCAGGGGUCUGCUCCAGCUGCCCUUUCGGUGCCCCAUAAGCUUCCAGACUAUAGCCCUCAUGUCUCCCUGCCUAGGGGUCUCCAUGCAGCUCCUACCAGGGGACCUGGUUUGCCCCUACUAACCCCCAGCCCGAUGUGGCUGCCCUCGGCCUAUGCAGGCAGUAGGGGGUAGGGGCUUGACCACGGGGAAUGUCCCUGCUGGUCUUCCUGGGGACAGCUGGAGUCUUGGGCGGUCCCCAGCUCCUCCAGUGGCAUGGCAGCAGCUUGCUGGAGAUUGGGACCUGCCACCGCGGCCUCCAGCCCCUACUCCCCAGGCAGCGGAGAUAACGGGGCUACCACAAGGGGCCCCAGUUCCGAGCCUGUUUCCUAGUUCAGAUUUUGAAAUAAACCUGCCGCGGAGCGGUGCCACUGGG